ACUCAUCCCUACUAUUCAUCCAAUAUUUGUUUAAAUGUCUUCUGAAAAACAUAAAAAGGAAAUUUUCAUGUGCAUAUCAUUUUAAUUCAAAAUGAUUUUUUUCUGCGCAAUUUAAAAAGUGACGUCAGGUAUUCGAAACACGGCCCUUUCCCUUCGCAAUUUUACAAACAAAAUCACAAAAUGGCGGUGAAAAGUUCAGGAGUCAGUGUGAUGAUGUAAACGCUGUAAAUGUAAACUGAUGUAAACAUAUGUUGAAAUUGCCUUGAAAAUGAUCUAGGAUUGAUAUAAAAGUGUUAAAUCAGCAUCGCUGAUUAAAUUAUAGCGAUUUGUCAGCUUUAGAACUGGACAGCUGGACUCUGUGUGCGAAAGUCCGAAUGGACUGAGCUUUUUUAGUCAGGAUGGAGCAGCAGCCGAAGAUUAGUCGCUCAAAAGCGAGACAUCUCCGUCGAAAAAAGUUGGUUAUUGCCCGCAGGGUUGUAGAAAACGAUUCAUCUGGUGCAGAUGCCGAAAAUAAUGAAGAGAUAGAAGAAAAAGAUUUGACAAACAGUGAAUCAGAACUCGGAGAAAAUGUCAGAGCCACUGCGAGCUUGAUUAAUUCUCAAACUGAAACACUUAUCAGCGAACAUGAUUUGAAACAGGAGUCGCGUCCCCAGAAGGUAUCGAGCCCUCAUUCAAGUUUUUCCGGAAGCGACAAAAGAAAAACUAAAAUUGCGUUGGCCUCUGGUCAGAAUUUAAAUCAAGGAUUAUCGGAUUUGUUGAAGGAAACAAAAGAACAAAGUUUAAAAACUGAUUAUAAUGAUACUUUUUUUUCUACGUUAGAAGAUAUUGUUGCCAAGUUGAACAGCAUACCUUUGCCUUCUGCUGGAAAAUUAUCAGGCGUAGAAAUGAAUCCAGAAGAAAAGACAAGGGAGCAGGUGAAAGCCGAGCGUGAGGCGAAGAAAGCGGCAAAAGCUGCUGUCAAAAAUAAGGCAAAAACUGACCAGGCGGCAACCAACAAGCCAGUUGCUGAAAAAAGUCCUAAAGAAUCUAAAGUAAAAACUAAGGAUGCAAAAGUUAAAUCUAAAGAUUUAAAAGUAUCUUCUAAAGAAUCUGAAACAAAACCUGGACUAGACUACGACUCGAUGAAAAAGGAAAUAGAGGAUAUCAAAAAGGAGUUGGAUAUGAUUCAGUUUCCGAAAUCAGUCGCGAUGGAAGACCUUCCAAAAGAAGUAGCAAAAGCACCAGAAGAAAAGAGCGUAGCUCAAAUUCCGGCAAUGGAAGUGCCAAAAGCACCGGAAGAAAAGAGCAAGGCUCAAUUAAAAGCCGAGAGAAGAGCAAAACAGGAGGCUCAAAGAGCAGCUAAGCAAGAACAAGUUGAUAAAAAGAAGCCAAAACCUGUCCCAAAAAUGGAAAAUCGACGACAAAUCUCUGAGCCAGUCAAGAAACCUCCUUUGAAAAUAGUUGCGAAGGAAAAUUUGCACGAAGUGAAUUUAUUUAAACAUUUGUAUCACGAAAGAGAAAUUACCUUGGGUAAUGUUUCUGCUCUAGGUUCAAAAAUUCAUCCCGAAAUUAAGAAACUAGGAAUCAAAUAUGCACAUAAAAUUGUCGUGGGGAGCAAUGCUAGAUGCGUUGCUCUUCUUCAAGCUGUUAAGCACCUCGUGGAAGACUUUGAACGACCUUCACAAGCGGAUUUUACUCGAGGAUUGGAAGCUAGUUUGCAAGAUUCGACAAUUUACUUGCAUCAUUGUCGGCCUUUGGCUGUGUCGAUGCAAAACGCUUUGAAGCAUCUCAAGUGGCAAAUGUCUUUGUUGCCUGCCACGAUUUCGGAUGAUGAAGCGAAAAUAAAAUUGGGUAGUGCAAUAGACACUUAUAUUCAAGAGCAGAUUUUACUCGCCGAUAAAGCGAUAUCGAUUAAAAUUCAAACUAAGAUAUCCAAUGGAGACGUGAUAUUAACUUAUGGAUUCUCGUCUUUGAUUCAUAAAAUAUUGUGUGAUGCACACACGGCAGGUCAACAAUUUCAAGUUGUUGUAGUAGAUGGAAGACCCUGGUAUGAGGGAAAAGAACUAUUAAAAAGAUUAGUUAAGCACGGAAUAGAAUGCUCUUAUAUUUUGAUACACGCUCUUAGUUUUAUAAUGCCGAAGGUGAGCAAAGUAUUCCUCGGUGCGCAUGCAAUAUUAGCAAAUGGAUCAGUUAUGUCUAGAGCUGGCACAUCACAAAUUGCACUUAUGGCAAAAGCCUUCAAUGUACCAGUUCUGGUUGCUUGUGAAACGCACAAAUCUUGUGAACGAGCUCAAACUGAUUCUAUUGUUUAUAACGAAAUAGGUGAUGCAGACGCGCUUACAGAGACUUUUUUGAGCGGCUCAAACAAAUCUUCUCUUGCCAACUGGAAAGCCAAAAAGUCCUUGAAUCUCCUCAACAUAACUUAUGACGUCACCCCUGCGGAUUUGGUCACAGCCGUCGUCACCGAAUUGGCAAUUUUGCCUCCAUCUAGUGUUCCUGUAAUUUUGCGAAUUAAACCCUCUGAAAUCUAGUUUUCAGUUGCACCCCCAGCUUCAGACUCUAUUCAUUUCAGGCUAACAACACUUUCAAGUAUUGAGUGGGAAAAACUGAGCAAUUCUAAUUUAGUGCUUGCUUUGAAAAGUCUAUCGACGCGAAUUUACUGUACAUUAUAGCGUUCUGUACUUUGUAAUAAACAGUUUUUAAAUCGUUUAAUAA